UUCGGUUUGAAUCCAGACAAUCCCUAACCCGACCCUGAAAGCUCUCUUUUGUCUUUCGAGUCUCAAAACGCAAACACACACUCACGACGUGAAACGGUGGAAGCAAGGAAUGGACAGCGACCUCGAAGAAUCGCUCAAGAAGAGGCAGAGAAACAACGUUCCAUUCCCACCCGACUCUUCCCGGAAGCUUGAACAGCUUUCAAUGCAUCCUUACCAACUGAUGGGAGAAGUGAAUUUUAUGCAAGAGGAAGAUAUUCGGUUGGAGACAACACGGGCUAGAUUAGCAAGUGUUCUCAAGAGGCACGCAGAAUUGACAGAUCGUCUUUCUCGGGAUUCUGACAAGAUGAUAUUUGAACGACUGCAAAAAGAGUUUGAUGCUGCACGAGCUUCUCAAACUGAAGAGCUUUAUUUGGAUGGGGAGCAAUGGAAUGAUGGGCUAUUAGCUACAAUUAGAGAGAGGGUUCACAUGGAGGCUGACAAGAAGGCAAUGUCUGGGGACUCAAACAUGAUGCCAGGUCCUCAUUUCCAGGAGAAAAUUACUUAUAAAGUUGGGAAUAAGGUGAUCUGUUGUCUAGAAGAAGCUAGAAUUGGGAUACAGUAUGAGACAUCAUUUGCAGGGGAACCUUGUGAGUUGUAUCACUGUGUACUUGAGAGCAAGUCAUUUCUUGAAAAGAUGACCGUCCUUGAACACACGGUUCCUUUUUUUCUCCCUAUAAGAGAAGCAGAAAAUGAUCUUCUUUCAUCAAAUGCUAUGAGAUUUAUAGAUCACAUUGGAGAACUUUUGCAGGCCUAUGUGGAUAGAAGGGAACAGGUUAGACUUAUUAAGGAGCUGUAUGGAAAUCAAAUUGGGGAGCUGUGUCAUAGCCUUCCCUACCACAUGAUUGAAUUCGUGCUCGAUGAUGUUGAGUGCAAGUUAACAGUCAGCCUCAGGUAUACUGAUCUUGUAUCUGUACUUCCAACUCGAGUCAGAGUCUUAGCAUGGCCCAUGAAUCAGUUAGAUAAAGGAAAUUCAGAAAGCCGCUCCAUUCCAUCUCGGUUAUCUUAUGCAGAGGAUGCAUUACGAACCAUGAGCUUACCAGAAGCAUAUGCAGAGAUUGUGCUGAACCUGCCGCAGGCCCUUGAGCAAAAAAUCCAGCAUAGGGUCCCCAAUUAGCACUUUCUUUUGCAGAAAAAUCCCAGUUACACGAAGUUAAUGUAUAGACAAGCAACAGUUGGUCAUCUUAAAUAAAAGAUCCAGUUCGUUCUUGCUUGCUCAGCAUGAACUGCAAAAUGCAAGCAGGCUGAAGCAUAUCAUAUCCAGAGUUGCUUCUAUUAUUUUGUACAGAGUUUUCCAGCAAAAGUUGAGAUUUCUUAUUCUGAUUAUGUGAUGUGGAUUGCUUAUUUUGUGG